ACAGUUUUAGAAAGAAAAUUUAGUUUUUCGGCUGAUUUUCUUGCUGGCUAAGGAAAUCAUGUUUUUAUACAAGGUUUUUAAUUUUGUUACGGUUUUUGUUAUAAUUUCUAUUGGAUGUGUCUGUGGUGAUCCAGGUAGUAAUGUCGCCUGCGAAGGAGAUUCUUGCUCCGCUGAAUGUUUUACUUCAACCGAUAAUUUAUGCUUAACCAAUUAUGAAGAAAUUUUGAAUAAUAUUAUUUCGACUGACUGUAGAGAUGCUUGUAUAGAAGCUCAAUAUCCAUGCAGAUCGUAUUCUUACAAUUCGGCGUUGGAAGCUUGUUACCUUUCGACGGAAACUAAAAAUUCAAACCCAUCUGCCUAUGGAGAAGGAGAUUGCACAUACUACGAAAGAAGCGAAACCUGUAGUCCUAAUUGUUUUAUGAAGCCUACAGAGAAAACCUAUCUAUAUGGAAACAAUGAUAGAGAAAUCGUCCUUACUUCUCGAGCAAAUUGUAUUGAAUAUUGCCUUAAAGAUUCAACAUGCUUAUCCGCCGACUAUCAAGAAACACGAAAUACUUGUUAUUUACAAUGUGUUAAUAGAGAAAUGACACCUUCCAGAAUGCGAAGUGCCAGUUACUACACUUAUCUGGAAAAGGAUUGUGGCGAAGUGGAAAAUCCAUGCUAUCAAAAGUUUUUGGGUCGUUAUUUUUCUUCGCCAAAUUGCGAAUUCUUAAGAUCAGUUACAAAAGAAGAAUGCUUAGACGCCUGUUCAAAUUCUGACAAUUGCAGUACAUUGAACUACCUUCCUGAGCAGAAAUUUUGUUUCUUGAAUAAAGAUAUUGCUGAUAGCGAUAAUCUAUUGGAGCAGACUAACUCUAUUUAUUUUGUUAAAUUACCAAGUUGUCUAAGUGAUGCGAUUACUGAAUACGAAUGUUUCGAUAUUGAAAAUGAUCGGUUUUUGGACGAGAUUUAUAAAACAGUUGAUGGUUUAGAUGAAUCUGCAUGCGUUAAAUUAUGUCUAACUGUUGAAGAUAUCUGCAGAUCGGUUAGCUAUGAUGAAGGUACCAGUAAGUGUCACUUGAGUCGAUAUAAUAAGAGUACCAAGCCGGAAAGCUACAUUGUAAACUCUUCAUACCGUUAUUUUGAAAAGCAAGAAGUUUGUAAGCCAGAUUGUUACUUUAAAUUGGUUGAAAAUACUUAUUUGGUUGGCUGUAAUGAUAAAGUUGUAGAUAAUGUUGAUUCGUGGGAGAGUUGCGUUGAACUUUGCGCCUAUGAAAAUGGUUUAGACGAUGGUGAAUUCUUUUGCCAUUCGGCUGAAUAUCAAAAAGUUUUGAAGAGAUGCUAUUUGAGUAAGAGCACUGAAGAUACAAAUCCGUUAGGAUCGAGAACGAGUUCUUCGUACAGUUAUUUUCAUAGAGUGUGCGAAAAACCUUCAGUAAUAGAACCACAAUGCUUUAAAGUAUAUAAUAAUACCCAUAUGGCUGGUUAUACUGAAGAGAUUUUAAAAGAUUCAACUCCAAAAUUGUGUCAAGAAUCGUGCUUAAAUAAAUCUUAUUGCAAAUCUGCUCUCUAUGCCAAAGUAAAGAAAAUUUGCUAUCUAAACAGUGAUAAUAAAGAUAGUAAUGACCUACGAACAAAUUUUUAUUACAUCUACUACGAAGCUACAGGAUAUUGUCCGCUACCUUCCAAAUAAAGAAUUUCGGUGCUGCUUGAAACUAUCAAACCUGAAUUCCCACAGACGCUGCAUGAAUUUAUACUUGUUUUUACAUUUGUACAGUUCUCAUUUUUGAGUUUUUUUUUUAAAUAAAAAUUUGUUAAUGCUACAAAAAGGUUGACUUCUUUUCUUCUAUACAGUCUAAACAAUUUUUAAAGGUUGAGAUAAACCUUGAACACUUUAGAAUAUUGAACAUCGCAUCUUGAAUUCUCUUAACAGAGAUGCUUAUUAGUCGUUUUCGUCUGACAGCGAAAUUAUUCAGUUUGAAGACAAGAAAGGUUUUUAGAUUUAUUCUAUCUUUAGGCUGGAGAUUGACCUUUUU